AUGCAUCGACAGCAUAAUAGCCAACAGUAUCCUGGUCAGUCAUACCCGAGUUCGCCGCAACCUCCGUACCCCGCGUCUUCUCAACCGCCUCAACCACACCAAUAUGGACGACCAGGAAUGCCUUCCACUCCAUCUCCAGUUCCGGGUUACCAGGCUUCCUCUCGACCUCCGUACCAGCAGAAUUAUCCACAGCCUGCUUAUGGCCAACAACCGCCAGGAGCAUAUGGACAACAACAGCAACCACCGCUGCCUCAGCAGCAGCAGCAAUAUGGAAUGCCUCCGCAACAGCUUCCCUAUGGACAGCAGCCUUACAACCAGCAGUACCCUCAUGACCAGCAGUACCCUCAACAACACCAGCCCUAUCCUCAAAAUCAACCCCCUUACAAGCAGCCCGGCCAAUAUCCUCCCCAAGGCCAUCCCCAGGGAGCUCCGGGUUAUCCACCCCAGGGAGCUCCGCAAUAUGGUGCCCCCCCACAACCCCCCGGGCCUCAGUUGAUUGCCGCCUAUAAGCAAAUCCUUUUGAGUACUGUUCAGGAAAAGAACCUUCAAGCAAUGUACCCCCCAAAUUCACCGGCCCUCGAUCAAAUUGCUUCACGAAUCACCAACCAGGUUGAUCAGCUCUGUGCUACAUGGCGCGUUCCCCGGGAGGUGGGACAAGACAUCAUCAAACUUGCCCUUUUCGACAUCAUCCUCUACAUCGAUGACAGCGGCUCCAUGCAAUUUGAAGAAAAUGGCGAUCGCAUCAAGGAUCUCAAAUUGAUUCUCAACCGUGUCACUUAUGCCGCUACGCUAUUCGACGACGAUGGCAUUCAGAUCCGCUUCAUGAACUCUGACGUGCAGGGCGAUAACAUCCGCGGCGAACAGCAGAUCGAACAACUCAUCAACACCAUUCAGUUUAAGGGUCUGACCCCGAUGGGAACGAGCUUGAGGAACAAGGUCCUGGAGCCGUUAGUGCUUCGUCCAGCGCGAAGUGGUCAACUGAGGAAGCCAGUCCUGGUCAUUACCGUUACUGAUGGGCAGCCUGCUGGAGAGCCGCAGGGUGCUGUAUUUGAUGCUAUUAGACAGGCGACCAAUGAACUGCAAUCGCUUCCCAAGUAUGGGGCUGGCGCAAUCUCGUUCCAAUUUGCACAGGUCGGAAACGAUUUGAAGGCCCGCGAGUUCUUAAGCAAGCUUGACGAAGAGCCCGGUAUUGGUGGACUGAUUGACUGCACAUCCAACUUCGAAGUCGAACAGGAUGAGAUGUCCCGCGCCAACCCACCCGUCGACCUAACCCCAGAACUCUGGGGAGGUUAUGGCCAGCAGCCGCAGGGCGGGUAUGGUCAGCAGCAACAGCCCCAGGGAGGGUACGGCCAGCAGCCGCAGGGCGGGUAUGGACAGGCUCCGCCCCAGGGUGGGCAGGCAGGGUAUCCCCCGCAGGGAGGGUAUGGGGCUCCCGGACGAUAUUAG